AUGACGUCGAAAUUCACCGAAAUCCUCGAGCCAACUCAGGCACCCACAUACACCCACCCCCACCUCAACGUCUCCCUUGAGGAUAUUCUCGCAGAGGAAGGCCGCAAGAGAUCUGCCUCUCAAUCAUCCCAAGGAUCUCAAACUGGAAGCGACUCUUCUGCUCCACCGAGCCCCACGUCCUCAACCCACGACCAUGCGAGCAAAAUGGGGUUGUUGAAGCGAAGGGCAUUCACGCUGGGCACCAAGAAGGCACUGAGCCGUGAUGCCACUCCGCCGGAUCCGCGGUCACAACUUGUGAGCAUCGACCUCGAUAUGCUCUUGCAUGUCCUCCCUUUCGUCUUUGGGGAAAGACAUCGGACCCAGGAAGAGCAAUUCACGCAGCAAUCACUGCCGCCGCCAUCUCUUGAACCGUUGGAUGGUUUUCUCUCCCAGGCGAGGAUCUACGCAUGUCUGUUAUUGGCAAAGUGGUGUCUGAUGCGAGAGGGUAUCGCGUGUACGAUUUGGAGGAACCUGGCUGAAUGA